ACGUCUUGACUUCCUGUGGAGCUCCGGGGCCACUCAGCGAGAUGGCUGCAUUCCUCAGAGCUCGAAAAUAUGUCCGUAGUGUUGUGCGUUUCUCCGACCGUGACCUGUAAACGCUAGUGAACAGACCGUGUGUAGAGAGAGAGGCAGAAAUACAAGCGAGAGAGAAGACCUGCCGGUCGAGCUGUCAUGGCUGAUAAAUAUGCCGAUAUUGGAGGUGCAGUAGAGGAUGAAGAUGAAGGUUCAGACGACCCAAACCUUCAGCUGGAGCUCAACGCGUUCAGAGCCCAGUGGAUGUCCGAACUCAAGCCGAGCUCCGGAGCAGGUGGAACCAGUGAGCGACUGCUGCGAGCAAAAGGGCUGAGAAGGACCCAAGACAUUGCUCGGGAGCAGAAAGCCACAGAGCUGUUCUUGAGAGCAGUGCAGGAAGAGCAGAAUGGAGCCGUCUAUGAAGCUAUCAAGUUCUAUCGCAUGGCUAUGCAGCUUGUGCCUGACAUUGAGUUUAAAAUAAACUACAGCCGUCCUCCCGACGCAGACCGAGUGGGAGGAAACUACACGGAAGACAGUGAUGUUGAUGGUGAUAUCGAGGAUCUACUGGGCUACUUUGAGCAGCAGCUCACCCUGGAAAGCUCCUCUCCAAAGAUCUGCACUCCUGAGUUGGAAAUGACUCAGACGCACAUUUCAGCCUUGCCGCUGGAAAUCCUGAUGUUCAUAUUUCGUUGGGUCGUGUCAAGUGAACUGGACAUGCGAGCCCUGGAGCAGCUCUCUUUGGUUUGCCGGGGGUUUUAUGUUUGUGCAAGAGACCCUGAGAUUUGGCGUUUGGCCUGUUUUCGAGUGUGGGGACGGAACUGCAUCAAAGUUGGACCCUUCAAAUCCUGGAGAGAGAUGUUUCUGCAAAGGCCCCAUGUCCGUUUUGAUGGAGUCUAUAUCAGCAAAACAUCAUACAUCCGUCAAGGAGAGGAAUCACUGGAUGGAUUUUACAGGGCCUGGCACCACGUUGAGUACUACAGGUACCUCCGGUUCUUCCCUGACGGCCACGUCAUGAUGCUGACCACCCCCGAAGACCCUCUGUCCGUCGUUCCUCGUUUGCGUACUAGGAACACCAGAAUGGAUUCUGUUCUGCACGGGCAUUUCCGUCUGUCACAGGAGACCGACAAUCAAACCAAAGUUUUUGCUGUUGUCUGCAAGAAAAAGGAGGAUAAAGGGGCAGAGAUUCAAAGGAAUCGGUUCUGCAGGCGGAACCCAGCUCCCGAGGCUGAACACAUCUUCCACGUGGGACUGCAUGUGUCCUCUGGGGGGCGCCAGAGUCUCAGUAAGCUGGCGUGGAUCCACCACUCCUGCCACAUCACAUACAAGCUGACUGGGGAAACGGUUGUCACAACGUUUGACCUGGACACGAUGUAUUCACCCUUCUCCCUUGCACGUGUGAAGAGUUUCACUGCUUUCUCCGAGCAGCCCCUUUAAGCAGCAUGGAGACCUGCACGCCAUCCCACAAAGAACACAGCAAAAGUUCACACAUCAUUUUGAUGAAGUGCAUACUUUCUCAGUUGGUUUGAUUUGCGCUGCAGCUGGCUAACAUAUUAACCCUUGUGUGUCCUACACGCGAACAUGUUAUGUUUCAGGUUUACAUAAUAGAGUACUACUUAUUUUUCUGAUUUCAGAAGUGAAAGCAAUGUGCUGAGAGCUAAAAUUAUUAGCAACCUUUCCCCCACCUGUUCCAAGCAAAGAAUGUUCAUACUGUUUUUGUUUCAUGGUGCACCUUAUCCCUCAAAUAAACAGUGAUGAACAGAAAA